UCGAAAUUUGGCUGCCAGCUUUAUCCAUUUAAAAACAAAUUAGUUAUUUUAAAGUUCGAACACAAGUUAAGUUAAAAAUGUAUCGGCUGCUUUUCCUCGUAUUUCUUACCUUGCAAUACCAGAGCGAUGCUUUCAAUAUUUCUCCUUAUCCGACCCAAGUAAUAAAUUCCCCAAGCCAUCUGAAGACCUAUUUGAACCAAACGCGAAGUUCCUACUUUGGGUUCUCGCUCGUCGUCCGUCCUUCCGGCAUUAUAGUGGGAGCUCCUCGAGCUCAAUCCACCUUAGAAUCGCAGCGCAACAUCAACGAAACUGGGGCGAUCUUUAAGUGCUCUCUUACAAACGGAACCUGUUAUCCGUAUGUUGUGGACUCCCGAGGAAAUGUUAAAUACAAGCGAGUUUGCCCCAUUUUCGAGGGAGAAGGGAGGGACUUUCAGUGGCUGGGCGGAACCAUGGACGGCGGUACAAAAGAUGCGGAUAAGUUGAUCGUCUGUGCUCCCCGAUUCUACGCUCCCACCGCUGACGAAUACUAUAUGAACGGAGUCUGCUACUGGUUGCAGAAUACAAAUACCAACAAUCCGGAGAAUGUGACCCGCAUUGCACCCCUACGCUCGAUAUCUAUGCAGGUAAACAAGGCCAACGUAAGCUACUACUACAAGAUGGGCGAACUGGGACUGAGUGCCCAUGUCACGGAUGAUAACUCCAAGUUUCUGAUUGGAGCUCCAGGCAUCGAUACUUGGAGGGGAUCUGUGAUCUUGGAUGACAACCCGACCGUAAGUCCUCAAUUAGAGGACAUGAACUCCAAGAAGUGCCCCCCCAACGACAACCAGAAGAAGCCACAAAACUGGGAUCAGGAGAAGGACUCGUACUUUGGCUAUGCCGUGAGCUCCGGAUACUUUGACAGCCUCAAUCCUGCCACCUUGCUCUACGUGGCCACUGCCCCUCAAGCCAACAACCGUUCCGGCGAGGCAUACAUUUUCGAUAUUCAGGGAGAGGGCAUACACAAGAUCUACAAAUUCGAGGGCGCACAGUUUGGCGAAUAUUUCGGCUACUCAGUACUGGCGGAAGAUCUCAAUAGUGAUGGAAAAACGGACGUCAUCUUCUCAGCUCCCCUUCACUCUCUGGACGAUUCCUAUGACAAUGGUGCCAUAUAUGUGUUCAUCAACAAGGGCUUUUUCCACUUUGAAAUGACUAUAGUGAAGUCGCCAGCGGGCAGCAAAGGCCGUUUCGGAACUACUCUAUCGCGUCUGGGAGACAUCAAUCACGACGGAUUUAAUGACAUUGCCGUGGGAGCUCCCUUUGCCGGAAACGGAUCGGUGUUCAUCUACUUGGGCGGCAAACUUGGAUUGCGGGAUCAGCCAAGUCAGCGACUGGAUGCUCCUGCCCAGCAGGCUUCCAAGUACGGAUCACACAUGUUUGGACAUGGUCUCUCACGCGGAUCGGACAUAGAUGGUAAUGGAUUCAAUGACUUCGCCAUCGGGGCCCCCAAUGCUGAGGCCGUGUAUCUGUAUCGCGCCUAUCCCGUCGUUAAAAUACAUGCCACGAUAAAGCCGGAAUCGCGAGAGAUAAAAUUGGGGCAAGAAAAGGUGAAGAUCACGGCCUGCUUCGGGCUAAAUACCACUGCCCCAAAAAGGGGUGUGCAGGAGCAGGAAGUGGACUUCCGGAUAACCGUUGACCUGAACCGGGCUAGGUUUGACCCAGCAAAUACUAACGAGAUGAGGUUUAAUGCAACUGCUAGUCUAGACGAGAAGUGCCGCCACUUUUAUAUUAAGGUGCGACAUAACGGACACAAUUUUGUGGCCAUCGAAUUGGAGUUGCACUACGAACUGGCCAAUAAGAUACCCAACUCUGGGGAGUUCUGCGAAACUUGCGCCAUUGUUGAUCCGGCGGACCCGAAGUUUUCCACGGAGAAGAUUAUCUUCAGCACGGACUGUGCCUCCGAUGUUUGUGUCCCUGAUCUUCAAAUUAGCAGCAAGAAAGUGAGCUCAACAUAUAUUUUGGGCAGUUCCGAUACCCUGCGUAUGAUUUAUAAGAUAACCAACCAGGGAGAGAAGGCCUACCUGCCUCAAUUCAACGUGACCAGCACAUCCCACCUGGCCUUUGCUCAGAUUCCCCCAAACUGCAAGGUCGUCGACGCAGCUAUGACUUGCGACCUGAACCACGGACGACCGUUGGCCAAAGGUCAAAGUCUCUCCAUCACCAUCAGCUUCGAUACGAGCCAACUCAGUGGACAGUCGCUGGUCAUCCAUGCAGAAGUCUUUAGUGCCGGAAACGAGAGGAAUCCCAAGGACAACAAGCAAGCAAACAGUAUAGGCCUUAGCGAAUUCACAGAGAUCGAUGUCAGCGGAGGUCCUACAAAUGGUUUAAUUGUUCUGAAUCAUUACCCUUACUCCGCGAAAAUCAUUGACCAAUAUAGGAUCAAGAGCCUUGGUCCCAGUACAAUCGAACAGUUAACGAUAUCAUUUUAUAUUCCUGUAGCCUAUAGGCCAAAUAAUUCUAUGGCAAUCAUACCCAUCAUGAAUAUUACCAGUUUGCAGACGCAGGCCACCUAUGAUUCCCAAAAGUUGGGCAUUAACUUGUACGACCAGAAUAAUACCCUUCUCCAUGGUUACCCCUUGGAAAAGUUUACCCGAAAGCCUAGGCAUCUUGGCCGUGAGGCAAAUGAUAGCAUCUCGGAAGUCCUGACCAACGAACUGCUCGUUGGGAGCAAUCGCAGCAUUGUGUUGGACUGCCGGCAAACCAACAUGACCAUAUGCGUCCGGGCCGAAAUGUGUGUCCAAUUAAGGCCGGACAAACCAAUUAACCUAAACAUAAGCUUUAACGUGGAUCUCAAGGAAGUGAAGGAUCCAUGGGAGUAUUUUGUCAUCCUGACCAAUCUGAAGCUGCUCAAGAAGGCCGAUCCCACAGCCAAAUCGUUGAAAAUCAACCGGAAGAUGGAACCAAAUGUGAUCUAUAAGCCUGCAGAACUGUCCAUUUGGAUAAUUAUUAUUGCCGUGGUGGGAGGCGUGCUGCUGCUCGCUUUCUUAACCUAUGCUCUUCACAAGUUGGGAUUCUUUAAGCGCGAAAGAGGAACUAAAGAAGUUAGCUAAAAAGAGUCGUGAGGAGUUCGAGGUAACUGCGGAGGGGUGAGGAGCUGGAAACGGAGGAACCAUUGGAGGCAGAGGUUUUCAAUAUCUACUAACUCAACCUCCUAGUCAAACACAUGAUGUU